UGUGUGCUACUUCUUUGCUUACAUUCCUUUACUUGCUUCUUAUCACUUUAAUGGGAAGGACCCCACUCCUGAGAAUGCCAAACAAGGCCCUUCUGGCACCUUUUUUGCGCUUCCCCCUAGUUCCCAAUUUUUUCAUCACAUACCUUGCAUGUUACUUCCCAGGAAUACUGAAUUGGCUUUCCUGAAGACGGUGUGGCUGCAUGCCUUGUGCCUUUGCACAAUAUGGUUGUCUCUACCAUCUGGCACACUGCUUCUGCCUAGCCUUCAAAUCUCAGCAUAGGGGUCAUCUUUUCCCUUCAACUUCGAGGCACUAUUCUGGGUGCUAGGGCUGCAGGGGAGAACAGAACACAGUCCCUGGCCUCACUCAUGAAACUUCUAUUUUAGUAAAAGGAAGCAGACAAAAUGGGAAACCAAAUACACAAACAUAGUAAUUCCUGAUAUUCCUGAUACACUGAAGAGGCUGUGGUGCCUUAAAUAAAUACACAUGAGUGUGCAGGCAUGACGGGGUAGAGAUCUGAAGUAGUCCUGCCAAGAACUGGGUUUACUUCUUUGUAAAUGUUACUACUCUUACACAAAACCUCAUAGGAAUUGUCAUCCUCUAUAACAAACCUAAGGAUAACAGUCAGUCGGGGAGACAUUGGUGAGUAUGGCUUCUUGGGUCUCCCCUGCUUCUUCACAGGCAGAAUUGCAUAGUAUGCUCUGCUGGUAGACCCACCCCCUAAUUUCCAGCAACGUCAACAGAAACUCCAGUAUAACUACUUUCUGUGGAUGCCAGAAUCACCUUUUUCCAGCCAUUAUUCAGUUGUAUCAUUUAGUAUGUUGAUUUUAGUGUAUCAAUUUUGAAUCUAGGAUGAUUGAGGAAAGUGGGAACAAGCGGAAGACCGUGGCAGAGAAGAGGCAGCUGUUCAUAGAAAGGGGUGCUCAGAAUUUUGAUGUCAUACGACUAUCAACUUACAGAACAGCCUGCAAAUUACGAUUUGUACAAAAACGAUGCAACCUUCAUCUUGUUGAUAUCUGGAACAUGAUUGAAGCCUUCCGAGACAAUGGCCUUAAUACACUGGACCAUGCCACUGAGAUCAGUGUGUCUCGCCUGGAAACUGUCAUCUCCUCCAUCUACUAUCAGUUGAACAAGCGCCUUCCUUCUACUCACCAAAUUAGUGUGGAACAAUCUAUCAGCCUCCUCCUCAACUUUAUGAUUGCUGCAUAUGACAGUGAGGGCCGAGGCAAGUUGACGGUAUUUUCAGUUAAAGCUAUGUUAGCAACCAUGUGUGGUGGAAAAAUGCUGGACAAAUUGAGAUAUGUUUUCUCCCAGAUGUCAGAUUCCAGUGGCUUAAUGAUAUUUAGCAAGUUUGACCAGUUUCUGAAGGAAGUUCUGAAGCUCCCAACAGCGGUCUUUGAAGGGCCAUCUUUUGGUUACACAGAGCACUCAGUCCGCACCUGUUUUCCACAGCAGAGAAAGAUAAUGCUAAAUAUGUUUUUAGACACAAUGAUGGCUGACCCUCCUCCCCAGUGCCUUGUCUGGCUACCUCUCAUGCACAGGCUUGCCCAUGUUGAGAAUGUCUUCCAUCCCGUGGAGUGCUCCUACUGCCGGUGUGAGAGUAUGAUGGGUUUUCGGUACCGGUGCCAGCAGUGCCACAAUUAUCAGCUCUGCCAGAAUUGCUUUUGGCGUGGCCAUGCCAGUGGGCCUCACAGCAACCAGCACCAGAUGAAGGAGCAUUCCUCUUGGAAAUCUCCUGCAAAGAAGCUGAGCCAUGCAAUUAGUAAAUCUUUGGGGUGUGUACCCACCAGAGAACCCCCGCAUCCUGUUUUUCCUGAGCAACCAGAGAAACCACUUGACCUUGCACAUAUAGUUCCUCCUCGCCCCCUGACUAAUAUGAAUGACACCGUGGUUAGCCACAUGUCCUCUGGAGGGCCCACUCCCACCAAGAGGUUACAGUAUAGCCAGGAUAUACCCAGUCACUUGGCCGAUGAGCAUGCGCUGAUAGCCUCCUAUGUGGCCCGUCUGCAGCACUGUGCACGUGUUCUGGAAAGUCCUAGCCGACUGGAUGAGGAACACCGGCUUAUAGCUCGCUAUGCUGCCCGGCUGGCUGCGGAAGCAGGAAAUGUGACUCGUCCUCCCACUGACUUGAGCUUUAACUUUGAUGCCAACAAACAACAAAGACAGCUUAUCGCAGAACUGGAAAACAAAAACAGAGAGAUCCUGCAGGAGAUCCAGCGUCUCCGCCUGGAACACGAGCAGGCCUCCCAGCCCACCCCUGAGAAGGCGCAGCAGAACCCCACGCUGCUGGCAGAGCUGCGGCUGCUGAGGCAAAGGAAGGAUGAACUGGAGCAGAGGAUGUCAGCCCUGCAGGAGAGCAGGCGGGAGCUGAUGGUCCAGCUAGAAGAGCUGAUGAAGUUGCUGAAGGAAGAAGAGCAAAAGCAGGCAGCUCAGGCCACAGGGUCACCACAUACAUCGCCCACCCACGGAGGCAGCCGCCCGAUGCCCAUGCCUGUCCGCUCCACGUCUGCCGGCUCCACCCCCACCCACUGUCCACAGGACUCGCUAAGCGGAGUCGGGGGGGACGUGCAGGAGGCCUUCGCACAAGGUACGAGGAGAAACCUCCGCAAUGACCUGCUGGUGGCAGCUGACUCCAUCACCAACACCAUGUCAUCCCUGGUGAAGGAGCUCCAUUCAGCCGCUCUCUCCCUAGGCCUGACCGACCGUCUCAUUCUGAAGCUUCCCUGGAGGUCUGGAGCCGAAUCAGCCAGGAAAGCUCUGGACCUUCCCCUGCUGCCUUUCUGCUCUCUCCUGUUUCAUUUGGUUUUGAAACCUAUUCCCUCCUUUUGUCCGUGACCAGGCUCUGAUUUCACCUGAAGUUCAUGACCUGAGUCUGUCGCCUCUUCUGCACCUUGUGUUCUGCUCAUCUGUGACUUCUUUUUUAUU